AUGGGUUUUGAGGUAUGCCUUGGCCAUGUUGUUGUUGUUGUUGUUGAAAUGGAUAAAACAACUGGUGGUGUUGCUGCAAAAAAACCUGAUGUGGGUGUUUAUGUUGUUGUUGUUGUUGCUGCAAGUGGGGCUGGUAAGGAUGGUUUAAAUUUUGAAGAUUGGAAAUGGGUAAAACUGAUGGUGAGCAAAAACAAUCAUCUUCCAUCAAAUGUUGUUGCCUUUGUUGUUGAUGAUGAUGGAUGUUCGACCGUCCAUAGCUAG